UUUGCUACCGGCUUAACGGGCCGGGCGAAAGAGGGACGACGCCCAGGUCUCUCCCUCGCGGUCUCCUCGGUCACUCCCGCCGACGCCGUCUCCGUUGCCUUCCCGCCAAUUAUUCCUCUUCCUCCUCCACCUGCUCCCUUGUUGUUCUUGCCUUGCUCUCAUCCCUGUUAUACUCGCUCGUCCAUAUUGGUUGUAGGUGUCCUUAGUGCUGCCAUCUGUUAUGAGAUAUGCUUAAAAGAAUCGAUCUUGCAUCGGUCUCCUUCCAUAAGCAAACGCUCUUACGUAGUCUGUCGCUCAACUUUCUCCGCCGCGCCACCGGCGGCUCCGACGGUGGCAGGAUGGAGACCGAGAACGAAUGGGAAAAGCUCCUCAAGCCUUUCGAGUUAGAUGAACUUCGCAAUUCUAUGAACUUCUUGACCCCGGCUCGGCUCUGUAAAUUGCUUGAGCUUCCGAUCGAUGUUCCGACCUCCAUGCAACUCUUCCAUUGGGCCAAAUCACAGAGGGGUUACUCCCACACCUUCGACGUUUACUAUUUUCUUGUUCGGAAUUUGGGUGUGGCCGGGGAGUUCAGUACCAUAGAUAAGCUGUUACAGCAGUCGAAGAAGGAAGGAAUUGUCCUACAGGAGCCUCUUUUCAUAAUGAUCAUGAGUUGCUAUGAAAAAUUUGGCUUGCCUGGUUCUGCAGUUCAAUUGCUUGAUGAAAUGACUGAUGUUUUCAGCUGUAAUCCAACUUUCCGUUCUUAUAAUGUGGCGCUCGAUAUAUUGGUCAGAGCGAAUUGUCAUAAAAGUGCAGCUGACACUUUCUAUGAAAUGGUUCGCAGAGGAGUCUCUCCGACCACUUUCACUUUUGCAAGAGUGAUGAAAGCGCUUUGUUCUAUCAAUGAGGUUGAUUCUGCUUGUUCGCUUAUGAGAACUAUGGCAAGGCAUGGCUGUGUACCUGAUACUAUUAUAUACCAGACUCUGAUUCAUCCUUUGUGUAAGGAGAAUAGAGGGCAUGAUGCAUUGAAGCUUUUGGAGGAGAUGUUUCUCAUGGGAUGUUCUCCUGAUGCCAAUACCUUCAAUGAUGUGAUUCAUGCGCUUUGUAAGACUGGACAUUUACGUGAAGCAGCAAAAUUGGCUGAUAGGAUGUUGCUCCGAGGGUGCACUCCAAAUGAAUUUACCUAUGGAGUGCUAUUACGGGGCUUGUGCAGGAAGGGUCAAGUUGAUGAAGCAAGAGAUUUAUUGAGCAAAGUACCUCAGUUGAAUACUGGCUUGUUCAAUAUGGUUAUAAAGGGUUGCUUGAGUGAAGGGAAAUUUGUGGAGGCCAAACUUCUCUAUCAAAGUAUGAUGGAAUCUGGUUAUCGACCAAAUUUGGACACAUAUAACAUCAUGAUGCACGGCCUUUCUAGAUCGGGACAUUUGUGGUCUGCUAUGCAGUUACUCAAAGAAAUGGAGGCAAAUAGUUGCACGCCAAAUAUCAUUAGUUACACCAUUUUAAUCCAUGGAUGUUGUAGUAAUGGCAGGUGGGAGGAUGCUAACACUAUUACAGAAGAAAUGUCCUCAAAGGGCAUCAAUCUUAAUACUGUAGGAUUCAAUUGCAUUAUUUCUGCUUUAUGCAAGGAUGGUAAAGUUGAGGAGGCCAUAGAAAUGUUUAAAAAGAUGAAGAAAGUAGAAUGCAAACCAGAUAUAUUCACAUUCAAUUCUUUAAUCUGUGGCUUAUGUAAAGUUGGCCAAAUUGAAGAGGCAUUUCAAUUGUUCAAUAACCUAUUUCUGGAGGGUGUAGUCGCUAAUACUAUUACAUACAACACUCUGAUAAAUGCACUACUGAAGAUUGGGAAAUGGAAAGAAGCAUUGGAACUUGCUGAUGAUAUGGUGUUUAUGGGUUGCCCUUUUGAUAUUGUAACCAACAAUGCACUUAUUAAAGCACUUUGCAAAGCUGAAGAAGUUGACAAGGGUCUUAGAUUAAUUGAGGGCAUGAUGAGAAAGGGUAUGCGGCCUACUAAUAUUUCAUAUAACCUAUUAAUUAAUGGGUUAUGCAAGACAAGAAGAGUACUUGAUGCAUUGGAACUCUUAAAAGAAAUGCUUCACCACGGAGUCACACCUGAUAUAGUCACUUAUAAUAGUUUAAUGAGUGGUAUGCUCAUGAUGCGUUGGAUGCGAGCAGCUUUAAAUCUCUUUGAGAAGCUACAUUUUGAAGGCAUAACACCAGAUAUUGUAACUUAUAAUAUUUUGAUUAGAUGGCACUGCAAGGCACGCAAGCUUGAUGAUGCCGAUAUGCUUCUGAAAAGAGCAGUAAAUAAUGGGAUUGUGCCCAAUGCUCUGACUUGGGAUAUAAUGUUGAACAAUUUUAUUAGUGAAUCAAUCCUUACAGUACCUGAGCAGUAACCAAUGAUGGAUGUAGCUAUUAUUCAUUGUUG